ACUGGAUUGCUUUUCCCUGGGAUUGUUCUAAUAUUCGGUUUAGUGUUGAACACAUUUAUCUGGUACAAAGGGUCUUCUGCUGCUGUUUCAUUUGCUACAUUGAUUGCGUUGCUCUCUUUGUGGUUGGGGAUUUCGCUACCACUAAUUUACGUUGGAUUUUUCUUUGGGUAUCGAAAACGUGGUUAUGAACAACCUAUUAGAACAAAUCAAAUACCUUAGAGCGGUUCCAGACCAAAAUUUUUGUCAAAGUUUGUUACUAACCACACUUUACUCCGGAGCUCUUCCGUUCGGUGCAGUCUUUAUUGAAGUCUUCUUCAUCUAUAACGCUAUUUGGGAGAGUCAAUUCUACUACUUAUUCGGAUUUCUGUUCGUUGUAUUCAUAAUAUUAAUCAUUUGUUGUGCUCAAGUUGCAAUUGUGUCCACAUACUUCCAAUUAUGUAAUGAGGACUAUCAUUGGUGGUGGCGCACUUUUAUCACAUCUGGUGGAGCUGCAGUUUAUCUGAUUGGAUAUUCGUUCUUCUACUUUGGAACAAAGCUUAACAUUACUGAAUUCGUGCCAACCAUCAUAUUUUUUGGUUAUAGUACUCUCAUGGCGAUCGCAUUUUGGAUCUUGACGGGUACAAUUGGUUUCACAUCUACGUAUAUAUUCUUGCGAUACAUCUAUUCAGUCAUCAAAAUAGAUUGAAGUGUAUGUAUGUUGAGCUGAGAUUCGUAACGCUGUCUGUGUCAAGUUAAUAUUAUGAAAUCAUAAUAGCUCUUUAUUACAUUCACCUUUUGAAAUUAAUUUACAUCUUCAUCUCCAUAUUAUUAUUAUUAUUCUCUUUAUCUUGUCACUGUUAAUUUGUCUGGUUACCAAUAAAACGUUUAUGUGUGAUACUUUUAACCUCAGUGCUUUGACUUUAGUUAUAAACAUGUUUCUGCUAUUAUUGGUAAAUAAAAAUGUAAACUACUUCC